UGGAAAUGGCGACCCCUCCCCCUCAGACUAGCUUCAAUGAUUCGAAUUCUACUCACAAAAAUAACCAAAAUGGCAUCGUGCAAUCGCUCCUCACAGACUUGUAUCAAGUCACCAUGGCCUACGCCUACUGGAAAAGCGAGAAGAGACACGAAAUCGCGGUUUUCGACCUGUUUUUCCGGAAGAAUCCGUUCAAGGGAGAGUUCACUCUUUUUGCAGGUUUGGAGGAAUGUCUGAAGUAUCUUCAAAACUUCAAGUUCUCCGAAUCGGAUAUCAACUACCUGCGGACCAUCCUCCCCCCGUCAGUAGAGGAGGAGUUUUACGACUACCUCGGGUCGCUGGACGCUUCAGAGGUGAACCUGUACGCGGUACCGGAGGGUACCGUGGUGUUCCCCCGCGUACCGCUGGUCACGGUCGAGGGCCCGCUGCCUGUCGUACAGCUGAUGGAGACCACGCUUCUUAACCUGAUCAACUAUGCAAGUCUUGUAGCGACCAAUGCGGCCAGAUUUCGGAUGGCAGCCGGCAAGAAGCAGCUUCUGGAGUUUGGUUUGAGGCGUGCCCAGGGGCCGGACGGGGCUCUGUCAGCCUCCAGAUACUGUUACAUCGGGGGUUUUGACGGCACCAGCAACGUUCUGGCGGGAAAGAUGUUCGACAUUCCAGUGCGGGGAACCCACGCGCACGCCUUCGUCACCUCCUACGUCGGGCUACAGGACCUGAAAAACAGGACGCUGGCGCCGUUAGAUGGAGGCCCUCCCGUGGAUUUCGUCUCCGCCUGUCUCGACUUGCGAGAAGAGGUGUGCAAGACACUGGACGUUCUCCACGAAGAGACGAAGCAGAGCGAACUCACGGCGUUCAUCGCGUACGCCACGGCUUUUCCUAAGGGAUUUCUGGCCUUGGUGGACACAUAUGAUGUCCUUAGGAGUGGCAUACCUAAUUUCUGCACAGUAGCCCUUGCCCUUCACCAACUGGGCUACAAGGCUAUUGGCAUUAGACUGGACAGUGGUGACCUGGCCUACCUCUCCAAGGCAGUCAGACACCACUUCAGAAAAAUCGCUGACCGGUUUGAGGUCCCUUCCAUGGCAGACUUCAUCAUUGUAGCCAGCAAUGACAUUAAUGAGGACACUCUGCACUCACUUAACCAGCAGGGCCAUGAGAUUGACUCGUUCGGUAUCGGUACCCACCUGGUGACAUGUCAACGUCAGCCAGCCCUCGGCUGUGUGUUUAAGCUUGUGGAAGUAAACAAGCAGGCUCGGAUCAAACUGAGUCAGGACAUGGACAAGGUCACCCUGCCUGGCAAGAAGAGCAUCUACAGACUCUACUCACAUGAGGGCCAUGCUCUGAUUGACCUGAUGCAGCGACCCCACGAGCAGCCCCCAGGCAAGGAGAGGAGGGUUCUCUGUAGACACCCUUUUGAGGAGUCGAAGCGAGCGUAUGUUUCACCCGGGUCAGUCCAACUCCUGCAGAAGUUAUACUGGACUAAGGGAGAGAUUCAGGAAUACUUGCCAUCAUUGAAGGAGAUCAGAGACAGAGCUAUCCAGUCCCUGGGGACACUCAGAGAGGAUCACAAGAGAGCACUCAACCCCACUCCAUAUAAGGUGGCAGUGAGUGCAGAUCUUUACCAGUUCUUACAUGACAUGUGGUUGGACAAUGCUCCUAUUGGUGAGCUGUCCUAACCAAUCACAGAGCAGUUCAGCCCUGGUGAAGCAACCCAUUGGUGAGCUGUCCUAACCAAUCACAGAGCAUUUCAGCCCUGGUGAAGCCAGCCAAUCCAGUGGAAACACAGAAAAACUGACAACAAUACCAUUAAAAGUUGUCAUUAGAAAUAUAUAAUUAUCUGUAAAACAAAAGCAAUAUAUUUUAGAACAAGGUGAAAAAAGUAUGUAAUUUUAAGCUUGUGCUUGGGGUUUCCAUGGUGUUACAUUUAUGUUAACAAUUGCAAUAAUUAGUAUGCAUACCUUGUUUAAGAGAUUUUCAGGCUAAAACCCCCCAUUUAUCAAAGUGCAAUGGUCCCAUAUCAACUACUGCCUACAGAGAUUGUACAUGAGUUUGGACUAGUCCAUAUCAGAAAAGGGGUGAACUAAGGGUAUAGCUUACGAUUUGAAUAAUGUAGAUGCAAAAGCUGUGCUUUUUGCCUAAUCUCAACUUAAUAUGCAACUGGUAUUUGCUUAAUUGCAUGUGCACAUUUUAGUGAAUUACUUCUCUUUAUGGUACCUAUAGAUACUGAGUAACCAAAAAAGUGGAAAUCAUGACUAGUAAUUGUAUGUAAGACUAUUGUGUAUGGAAUAGUCAUUUAAAAAGGGCAUUAUGUAAACUUUUGCACCAAAAUAGAACAGGGUAUGUGGUAGCACACUGGGUAUUGUGAUUCUGGUUUAGGCCAUGUUGAUUUGAUUCUAUGGAUGAC